AUGCCUUCGAAUGUUUCGGCUUUUGAGAAUUUAGCAGAAAGCGCUGCAGUUAUAGCGCUCAACAAUUUCGAAUGGAGAUUCACCACCUUUGUGUUUUAUAACAUAUCUAUUUUGUACGGCAUUGACUUCUUUGUGAAAAAAUACAAGAAAACUUUAAUUCUAAGCAAUGGCGAUUUCUAUCCUCGAUUCGCGGAAAACAUUCAUCAAUAUAUACUUUUCGAUACGAAUUUAUCAAACAUCGCGCAAAUGUUAAAAUGGAUGAAUAAACGUCAGUUCGACAACACCGGCAAGUACAUCAUCAUUUGUUUAUCGAAUCACGAUUGCGAUGAAGCAGAGGCUGUGAAAAUUUUGUGGAAUUACAAAAUAGUUAAUGUUGUGUUACUCAAAACAGGAAAAUCUUCGAACGAGACAGAUGUGUAUAGCUACUUCAACAGAAAGUAUGAUUGUGAGAGUAUACGGCCAAUAAAAUUAGACAAUUGGCACUCUUGUUUAUUCGUUAAUGACGUUAAAUGUAUAAAAAUGUUUCCUUUGAAAUUAAGGAACUUACAAUCGUGUCCUAUUACAGUGUCCACGUUCGAACAGAAGCCUUUUAUGACGAUAACCAAUGACGUUCCCUCAGGUUCCGAUGGAGAUUUACUUCGUCUCAUCGCAGAAAAGUUAAACGCUAGCCUCGUACUAAUGACUCCACAUCGGGGCUUCGGAUGGGGUAAACUAGAAGAAGACGGAACUUGGUCUGGAUCACUCGCUGACGUUUAUUAUAACUUGGCCAACUUCUCCAUGACGUCUGCUAGCAUCACGCUCAGUCGAUUCUCACAAUUCCAAAUGUCUAUGGAUUAUAAUACAGUGAGCGUAGUAUGGGUCACUCAUCCUUCAGAUUUAGAGUCUCCCUCAUUGAAGUUAAUGCGUCCAUUUAAUUUCGAAGUAAGGAUAGCUUUGGCCCUGUCUUUUGUAGUUAUUGUCAUACUAGCUAUAUUUGUUAAGAGUAAGUGUAGUGAUUGCUUGUUUCGGGCAACUAAGACGAUACGACCUCGUCGCAGUCUCGUAUUCUAUUCAUGGGAGCUUUGCAUGGGUUUGCCGUCAACGAAGCUACCUAAAAAUUCAGCAUUUCUGUAUGUCGUUCUCUUCUGGAUUUGGUACUGCUUCUUAGUCAGGACUAUUUACACUGUAUUCCUUAUAAAAGCUUUGAAAACUAAUAAAUAUCGUUCAGACCUGUUGACAAUAGAGGACGCCAUUGCAGCUAACUACGAAAUUGGCGGGGGGCCGGCACUCAAAGAUUACUAUAUAGAUGAACCUACAAUUUAUAAUCGCUGGAUUAAUUUGGAAAGCAAUGAAAUCUUUCCCAUGAUGCUUAACAUUUCAAAUGGCCAAAAGUUUGUUAUAGGAGUGAACACAGAAACAUUGAAAAUAUUUCAAAGAAACCUAAGCAUCGACCUGCAUAAGUUACGACAAAAGGUUAUCAGCAGCCCAACUGUUAUAUUCUUUAACAAAUUCUCCCCGUUGGCAGAACCGAUCAAUACAAUUUUAACGCAAUUGAUAGAAGCUGGAUUUACUUCAAAACUGUACAAAAACUAUACAAAGUCGAGAUAUACGAGUAGGUCGAGUGGGAAGAAAAAGGCAAUCAAUCUAGUGCAUUAUACUGGUUGCUAUGCUAUUCUCAUCGGAGGCUGGAUUAUGUCGCUUGUAUUUUUUAUAUUAGAACUAUUUGUUGGAAGGUCGAGAUCAUCUUCGUAA